AUGACACCUCUUAACUACUCAACUGAAGUCCAAAACUGUCUCGAAUGGGAUAAAGAGCAUUUAUGGCAUCCUUUUUCAACAUUGAAAGACCCGUUCCCCGUAUACCCUGUGAGCUCAUCAAAUGGAUGCCAGCUUACUUUGGAGACGGAGAAUGGAUUGCAGGUUAUUGAGGCAAUGUCCUCUUGGUGGUGUGUAAUUCAUGGCUACAAUAACAAGGAGCUAAAUCAGGCAAUGAAGUACCAAAUUGAUCAAUUUUCGCACGUCAUGUUUGGAGGACUAACUCACAAGCCUGCGAUCAAAUUAGGCCAAAAGCUUCUGACUCUCAUUAAUCACCCCGAGCUUCAUUCAAUCUUCUUCGCAGAUACAGGGUCUGUCGCAGUUGAAGUGGCGAUGAAGUUGGCCAUUCAGUACAACUAUACUGCCAAAGAAGGAGGAAGGAAAAAGAUCAAGUUCCUGACCAUAAGGAAUGGUUAUCAUGGGGACACUUUUGGUGCAAUGAGUAUUGGAGAUCCAAACAAUCCGAUGCGCACCUUUUUCAAGGACCACCUUCCCGAGAACAUCUUUGUGAAGCCUCCCAGUGUCUUGAGAACGCUUCCCACAUCAAAUAUAGCCCUAGAAAAUCCAUCGACCUUUGCAGAAUUGACCAAAUGGAACCCUGAUGAAUUUGCAGAAUUCGAACGGGCAAUGGACGAGAACCAUGACCAGAUAUGCGCUGUCAUUUUGGAGCCGCUUCUUCAAGGUGCAGGCGGCAUCAGGAUUUAUCAUCCCCAGUUCCUGAUUGAAGCACGGAAAGCUUGUAACAAGUAUGCCAUUCCAUUCAUUAUGGAUGAAGUGGCCACUGGGUUUGGCCGUACUGGAGAGAUUUUUGCCUUCAAGCAUUGUGCCAAAUAUCAGGAAAUAAUGAAUGUCCCUGAAGAAGAACGAAUCGAUGUCUUUCCAGACAUUAUGUGUGUUGGGAAAGGUCUAACGGGAGGAUAUUUGAGUUUUAGUGCAGUGCUAACCACCAAACAGAUUUCGGACGGUGUAUCUAUAUCUCAGGGCCCAACUAGGGGCUAUUUUAUGCAUGGACCCACCUUUAUGGGCAAUCCAUUGGCUUGCAGCGUAGCCAACAAGUCCCUUGAUAUCCUGUUGAGAGGGGAAUGGAUAGACCAGGUUAACAGGAUUGAAAAGCAGCUAUUUGAGGAGCUCUAUCAGGCUAUAUCUGCUAACGAAACCCUCAUGAAGCACGUUGUUGAUCAUGUAAGGGUCACUGGUGCCGUUGGGGUUGUCCAGCUGCAAGACCCGAUCAACGUUCCCUGGUUUCAAGAGCAGUCCAUAUCACGGGGAGUUUAUAUCAGGCCUUUCAAGAACCUGUGUUAUAUCAUGCCCCCUUUCACUAUAUCCGAGGAAGAGCUGAGGGUCGUGACGAAAGCCAUCAAAGAGGUGCUCAAUCUUUUGCUAAAGGAUAAAACGAACUCAUAA